AUGCUGUGUGUUUCGAAAUAUGUCUCUUAAUUAAGAUCGAUCUAAUUGUUGUCCUUGAAUUCUGAUAGCACGACAAUGUUCUUCCCUACCACCAAGCAGCCGAACUUCCCCACUGCAAGAAUGGUGUGGUCAAUAUUCAACAAGGAGGAAGCACAAAAGAGGGCCAUGCCCCAACAUAAUACGACUGGCUUGUUGGAUUGGUUGGCCAACCGCUACCCAUAAAUCUCAGAGCCACAGUACCCGCCAUAAUUCAAAUCACUUGUUUAUAUUCUAUUAGUAAACAAAAAUUAGUCGACGUAAUUAUCUUAUAAUUCCUUUAAUACACCUAACUUUAAUAUUAUACUGAAACGUAUUCCAUUUUACUUCAAUUUUCUAUUAGGGGAAGAGGGGCAUCCGGCGUCCGCUGCAGUUGAAGAACCAGUUACUCUCUAGUCUCUGAAGCUUUGCUUGCUUAAUAAACAAUAGCCAGAUGGAGGCUAGGCCAACGGUUAGCUUCCCUCCAAACCCUAUGAUUUUCUUGGACUCAAAGCAAAGCUCUUGCUGGUGAUUUUUUGGUCACCAUCCGAGACACCCAACUUCACCUUCCUGACAUAAGCUUCAAACCCCACCUUGUUCUGCUCGCCUUGCCCUAUCCUUCUAUUUACAGUUCAAAAUUCCCACGAUUUUGUUCAUAUUGAGCUCCAUCCACAAAUCCCCAUUAGUGCUUCUAACCUCUAGUGCAUGGUGUGGUGCCUUCUGGAGUGAUUUUGGGCUUUCUGGGAUUUCUUAGCCAUAGAGCUGAAGUAAAGCAACCCAUAAAUAGUUGGUGCUUGAAUUUUUCACUGUAUUGAGCUGUGGGCUUUCUGGGAUUUGGGAUACGUUAGAGUUGGCUUCUGAAUUAGGGGUUUUUGCUUACUGCAGCUGGCAAGUUCACCCGGAGCUUUAUGUACGCAGAGAAGGUUCGCAAGCUAAUUCUCAUGGGCUGCACCACCCAGCUGGUACUUACAUUUUGAACCCUCAUGAAUAGUGUGACUGCGAAUUUGCCAAAAGCCACUUUUUUCGUGACUCAAGAAUACCAUCUUCGUGAUUGCAAAUUCCCUUAUGCUGUUAUUCCGAUUUCAGCUAAAAUCAUAUGACACUUCUAUAUAUAUGGAUUAUUUGUGAUGAUAGAGUGGAUAAAGGGGUAAUAUCGGUUUAUCCUUUGGAAAAGUUUUGAGCUUGAUUUUUAGUCCAGUAAAAAUAAUUCCAAAUGAAUACUCGGUACUUCUUUCCACCGGACUCCUUGUGCAACUUAGGAAGUGCGGCUUCAUAUUCAUCAAAUCCUUCAGCAGGACGAGAUCGUAUGUCUGUCGGCACUCGACACAGGCCUGUUCGUGCCCUACCUUCUUCGUUUUUGGGAAGGAUAGCGAUGAGGAUCUCCAGAGCAAGGUGGUUCUCCUUCUUAAGAAGAGUAUUCCACUACCAGAAUGGAUCAAGAUCUGAUCUUGGUUCUAAUCCUUUCAAUUCUGGCACUUGGAUGUUGAUGGAGUUUAUAGCUUUGGUUGUUCAAAUAAGCACCACGACAUUUACUCUAGCCAUUUCCAAGAGUGAGAUGCCUGUUUGGCCUAUGAGAAUAUGGAUUGUUGGCUAUGAUAUUGGCUGUAUGCUUAGUCUGCUGCUGCUCUACGGGCACUACCGGCAUCUUCAUCUGACUCAUGAAGAUGGUUUCAGCCUUUCUGAAAUGGAACAGCAGGGGGGCAGCGAAGAAUCCAGGAUCUCACAUUUAAUGAACAGAUGCCGGACUUCACUUGAACUGUUCUUUGCGAUUUUAUUUGUGAUGGGUAAUGUUUGGGUUUUUGACUCUCGUGUUGGCUCCUUCCAUCGAGCCCCAAAGCUCCAAGCGCUCUGUAUCUCCCUGCUGGCUUGGAAUGCUAUUUGCUACUCUUUUCCAUUCCUACUAUUUGUGCUGCUAUGCUGUUGUGUACCACUCAUUAGCAGCCUCGUCGGAUACAAUAUGAAUGCCGGGUCCUCUGAUAGAGGAGCAUCUGAUGAUCAACUUUCCCAGCUUCCCAGUUGGAGAUAUAAGGAAGUUGACACCAAGUUUGAUCUUGGCAAUGAUGCCGACAGCAAUUCGGAUCAUGCAAAUGAAGAUCCAGAAUGCUGUAUUUGCCUAGCUAAAUAUAAGGACAAGGAAGAAUUGAGGCAGUUACCUUGUUCCCACAUGUUUCACCUCAAGUGUGUAGAUCAAUGGCUUCAAAUUAUAUCUUGCUGUCCUCUUUGUAAACAAGAGCUUGAGAGGUAGAAAGCAACAUAAUCACGUUGCUGAAGGUUUUUAUUGGCCUUUCAUUUUUCCUUUUUUACUAUUUUUUUCAAGAUUUUCUCACUAUUGUGUGAAAUAUAUGUACUAUAACAUGGUUACUUGAGUGAGUAUUGCUUGUACAGUGGAGGUCACCAGUAACCAUAAUAUAUAUAUAUAUAUAUAUAAAUGUACUGUCUUUGAGUAUACAUAUUUGCAGAUAAGGAUGCUGGACUCCUCGCUUCCUAAGGGUAGCAGAGUCUAUUACUCCACCAGGUUAUACAACCAGUUACAUGUGAUUUUUGUUGUUGUCAUCAUCAUGUAGAAUGAGUAAACUAAAUAAUGAAUCAACAAUCCUUGUUGUGUAUAUAAUUUGUUUGCUCUCUAACACAACGUUUACAUUUUGGGCACACUGUAUAGACAAUCUUUGUCUUCUUCUUCUUCUUCUUGUUUGUUUGUUUCCAAUUUCUUGGUGGAACAAGUGAGUGUAAAAUAGCUCACGAAACCCACUCCCACUUCAGAAGAGAGUGACAAGAGACCAUGUUGAUGAGAAAAGGAACGAACUUUGUGAUAUAAAUUCAAAGCAGGGAAGAAAAAUACAUUAAAGGUAGUGAAAAGUCAAUGUUUGGGAAACUAACAACCUCAUUGCUUACAUGACCAGUCGGCUUCUCUGCAGAAUUAGAGAGGAUUGUGUCAUCAUUUUCUUUGUUGUGGCUCUCAAUGUGUCAUUCUAGUAGUCUCUAAAGUUAGGAGUUGUUAGUACGAAUGAUUUGAGGAAAACAUGAUUGUUCGGUGGAUUUUGUUAGCACCUGCUGCCAGAAGUUCCACACACACGCACAAAAUUCGAUUCAAGAUGGCGUUGGAACAUUGCAUGCUGAUGCUGUGUGUUAACUUCGAGACAAAUGUAUUUUCAACAUAAAUUGACUUUUGAAGCAGUUGCAGUGGUUGUAGCGGUAGUGUGAAAGGAAUAGCUUUACCAUUGAUGGUCGAGAUUUUGACAUGAACCAAUGUGGAAGUUGUUGCCUUUGGAGGUUAGGCUCGGCCUCUGCGAUUGCAUACAUUGCCGCUUUGACUUCGACUGAAGCUGUUGUCUUAGCAUUCUAAUCAAUCGGAAACCCAUUGGAGAAUUUGUAAAUUUAGCUGUACUCGAAAUAUAUGUUGGUAGUUGUCAAUGAAUUUUUGUGACAUAGUUGUCAGUAAUAAAUGCCAUUAAAGUAUUUUUAUGCA